UUCCAACAGUGAACUUCAUAGUAACCAGUGGGGGCCGAUCCCUUGUCCUGUACAAUGGCUUUUCGUACAGAAAACACUGCAACUUGAAGUCCGGUAUUCGACUCCAGUGCACCAAAAGUGUGUCAACGAGAUGCCACGCGUAUCUCACUUUGGACGAACUAGCUCGCGUCGUCAAAUGCAACGAAGUACACACGCAUCCGCCAACGCAAUACAGACGCACACAAGCCGCUGGUCCCGCCUUCUUCAUAGUCACAGAAAAAGGAAACCGUUUAUUGAUGCUUAAUAAUUUCACGUAUUCCAAGAAAUACAACACUAAACAUGGCACAAGAUAUCAGUGCAGCGCUGUAGGUCCUUGUGCCGCUCAAGUCUACUUAAUAGGCACUGAAAUAAUAACAGCUGAGGAAAUGCAUUCACAUCCCCCAAAAAAAUAUUAUACAGAUAACAAUGGCCCUUAUUACGUUUAUAUUCAGCGCGGUAAACCCGUGAGAAGAAAUUUCACCGUAGAACAUGAGCCUCAAAUUUUAUAUAAAGGUGUGAAAGAAAAUUAUGUGACUGCGAAAAGAGGUCGACCUCCUAAAAAACGGAGAGUUGCGAUUGAUAUGAUUGUGCCAAAGAUACUAGAUGUCCGCAGCACUGAUGAGCAUUUUCUCCAGGAAUCUCCCCUUAGGAUAAACGACAUUGGAUCGUGCGUUCGCCCACCAAAGAAGCUAAACAAAAGCACCAAAUGUGCUAUGAUAACCGAGUCACAAAAUACAACUCAAGUCAAUUCUUCAAAACCGAUGCUUCAAAUAUAUGCUGAUAAUUCAAAAAAGGUUUCGAAGCGCAACCGACCAUUUAGAAUUCAAAAUGGUAGCUCUUCACUUGAUUCCAAAAAAUCUGAGAUUCGUCGCAUAGUCAAGCGUUUUCGGCAAGAGUCUGGACUCAAAAUAAAUAAUAUUAAACGUGGUCGGCCAGCCAAAGGCGCCGUGACAGCUGAUGCACAUAUCCAUAAAAUUUAUAGCACUUCUGGGCCUUUCGUGAAAUUAACACCGCUGAUGGCUCGAAAGCGAGGUCGUCCGCCAAAGAAGCGAAAUAAUGUUGUCAAAGAGAAUAAAUUUCAAGCUCGUGAUUUUACAGACGUUGAUACAAGCGUUGACAUGAAAGAAGAAACGAAUAGUGAGUUUCUUGGCUUUAAGGGAUUCCCACCAAUCAAAGAUGAUUGUUCUAGGAAUGUUACUUCUUUGGAUGAACAUCAUUAAAAUUAAGUCUAAUGUCAAGAUAAUGAAACAUUUUAAUUAUGCAGUAUAAUAUUGAGAAUGAAAAAUGUAACUGUAGGGUGUUUUAAGAAGGGAGUAUGGGGUGACAUGACAAGUCGUGCAACUUACUGCAUGUAAAUCUAGAAAAUUCAAUAUACGUAUAUGUAUACUUUUCAAAAAUCCUAAAAGGAAACCAUUGUGAUGUCAUUUUAAAUUUUAUGGUUGUUAUUUUUUAUUGUUAUUAUUUUAUUAGCCUUUACAGAGCCACUUGUUAAAUAUUUGGUUUUAAUAUAUACAGGUAUAAAAAAAUGCAUGGCCAGUAUAAUUAAAGUUAGAUGAAGCUGCAUUAAUUGCAAUAAAAGGAAUUAUUGUCACAAGUGACAGCUUGCCUCCAAAAAUUCUUUGAUUUCUAUGUCUAUAUUGUGUUUCCCUUACAAGAUAUAACCGCAAAACAGAAAAAUUACCACGCUUUUAGGACAUUCCCCCACCUCUUAUGCAAAUCUAAAUAAGGGGAAACAUUUAGGAUUCGGCAACAAAUGAAGCUGUCAAAUUAUAAUACUUAUUUAUUGAUUAUUCAACAGACCUAGGUAUUAUUUUUUUUUAUUCAAAAGUACAUGAAAAGUUUUACCUAUAUUUUUGUUACGUGUGUAACCAGAUAAUUUAUUAUAUUUUAAUCAUUAAGCAGCAUUUGUACUUUAUUGAGAUUAUAAAUUUUCAAGCAUUUAAAUCCUAUUUUAUUUCACACAUUGAGCAUUCUGUGAGAUGACAGUCGCUCGAGUCACAAUACAACUCGCAUGUAAUAACCGUACCAUAUCGAUUUAUAGCUGUGAAAUUGUUAGGACUUUUGAGUGCGAAUGCAAUAUGUAUCUUUUAAUUUUGCAAGUCAGGGGUGUCGAGACCAAAGCUGGGCUCUCUGAAACUGAGUUCACUCUAGGACCACCUACUAUAUACUUUGAAAAUCGUUCAAGUUUGAUCAUUCAAGGAGAUCUUCUAGGUCUCCUAACAUAUGACGACAACGAUAAAGUAAUUUGUUUACUUUUAACCAUUCAUAUAUUAUUUAUACUUUAAGAUCUACUAUAUUACAAAUGGUCUUUUUAUGUCUGUAUUUUUCAGUAACAUAUAUUAUGACACAUGAUAAUAAAACGCACCUGUUGCUGAAUAAUUAUACGUUCGUCCGUCAUCAUAAGUUAAGGGAAUCACAAAGAUGGCAGUGUUCGAAGCGGGGUUGCAAUUCUUACAUUGUUAUCAAAGACUCAGGAGCCAUAACCAAGUGCGUGGAGAUACAUAAUCACGAACCCAGAAAGUAUUUUAUAGAUGAAAACGGGUUAUAUAUCAAAUUGUGAUAUGUUAUUGUACUCUAUUAAAAAAAAGUGAGAUAAAUGGAUUAAUUGAUAUGAUGUGGACAAUGAA